UCACUCCCAUACAUGCCGCAUCGUCGAAUGGCGCCUCUUGGGAAGUCCCUCAGCAGUGCGGCGAUGGAUGUGCCGGUGGGUCGAUAGUCGCCCAGAGAGAGCCGAUGGUCGGGCGAACAGGUGAUGAGGGCCUCUGGGUGGUGCGGGCGCUGCCGGACGCACUCCGAGUGCGCCUCGCACAGAGAAACCCGGGGGUGGCGGUAGAUGGGGCGACCUGACGGGUCGCUGUGCGGCGACGGCGCCGUCCCAGAAGCUGUCGAAGAUGCCAUCCGCCCCGGAUGGUGGCGGCCUGAGGCUCUCCUCAGCUGCAUCCGCACCGUGGUGUGUUGGUGAGGCCUGUGUCGAGACAGGUGGCGGGUUGUAGGUGCAGGGGCGGCCGUGGAGGGCCAUGAGGCGGCCGUCGACGGCGCAAUGGUUGAGAUUGUGCUCCAGAAGGCCAAACAGUGUGUGUCCCUCGCGCACCAUCAACUCCUGCCGGUCCUCGCCCCGUUGCUGGCGGCCGAUCAGCGAGCGAGGGAAGGUGGCGGUGCAGCAGUCGGCCGUCUGGCACUCGAGACGGCCGGCGAUCUCCAGGAAGUCUAGGUCGUGCAACAGCUGAUAGAACCGGGUCUGCACUGAGUCCCCCAUGGGCCUGCAUUGAUGGAUGACAUCACAAAUGUGGGCCAUGUGGCUGGCGAUUGAGCUUGCCGACGUCGGGUCGACAUGCAGCCGCUGAACGACGGGUGCUGCACACAUCAACCAUCAAGAGUGUAUCCCGUUUCCGCCCCGCCAUCCUCUCUCACGUGGCCAAUAGAGGUCAGUGGUGCAGUGCAGCACGCGGGAGACCCUCUCCAGCCCAAUGGCAGGCCCGAGGGAUUGGAGAACGCUGUGCUUCACGCGGUAGAAAGCGGAAAGGUCGAACAACGUGGAGAAGAAGCUCAUCGCCGAUAAGAGGGGGGACGGAAGGUGCGAUGAUGACGUCUACGGUUCUCGAGAGAGGCGGAGAGGCUCUCGAGAGAAGCACUCCUCACUCCGCUGGUGAGGAGGGCCGCAGGCAGCCUCCUUCUCGUCUGACGAUGGGUUUUGUCUCGCUGUUUCACUGCAAAUGCUACUGUGGGCUCAAAGGCAAGCCAUUCAUGCCGCUCCGCAGCUUGUUUGCUUCGCUGCUUCUCUUGUGCCCACUUCAGCGGCCCCGAUCUCGCUUGU